UACGGAAUAGGAAACAGCCUAAUUUACAGCCUGCACCGCCGUCAUUGAGAUGAGCAGCCUCCGCCACAGCCCCUGCUCGCCGCCGGCGGCCUCGCCGCUGGACCUCGACGACCUGCUCCGCGAGAUCCUCCUCCGCCUCCCACCGCAGCCCUCCUCCCUCCCCCGCGCCUCAGCCGUCUGCAAGGGCUGGCGCCUCCUCGUCUCCGACCCUCGAUUCCUCCGCCGAUUCCGCAUCCACCACCGCCGUAGCCCUCCCCUCAUCGGGUUCUUCAUCGAGAACAUAUUACCUUGCCGCGAUCUCUCCUUCCAACCAACUCUGGAGCCCCCCAAUCGUGCCCCAGUCAGGCCCUUCUCUUUGCAGCCCCAAGAUGGUGGCCUCUUCAGAUUCCUCAACUAUGGCCAUGGCCUCGUCCUCAUCAUCCUCCGGAAGCGUAACAAGGUCCUGAUUUGGGACCCCGUCACCGGCAACCAGCACCACAUUGCCGUUCCCCCGGGGUUCGAAAUGGUGUUGACGCCUCUGAUGAAUGGAGCGGUGCUUCACGCUGCCGGAGAUGUCCGCCACUUCCAAGUGGUCCUAAUAGGCACAUACCAAGAGCAACAAGAUACACGAGUCGUCGCUCGCGUUUACUCCUCAGAGACCGACCUAUGGGGCAGAGCCUAACUAGGAUACCUGUGCCACUGGGCAUCUAUGCCAAGGGCAAUGGCCGAUUCACGGUUAGAGCAUCUCCACUCGUCUCCCCACAGAGCCC